GCUCCUCUCCUCGCCGCAGUCAUGUCCAAAGUCGUGCGGAGCGUCAAGAACGUCACCAAGGGGUAUUCAGCCGUCGAAGUCAAAGUCCGCAAUGCAACCAGCAAUGAUCCGUGGGGUCCGGUAGGCUCCGACAUGGCGGACAUUGCCCAAAUCACCUUCAACAACUCCACCGAUUUCUACCAGGUCAUGGAUAUGCUUGACAAACGACUCAAUGACAAGGGCAAGAACUGGCGCCACGUGCUGAAAUCGCUCAAAGUUCUCGACUACUGCCUCCACGAGGGCUCAGAGUUGGUUGUCACCUGGGCGCGGAAGAAUAUCUAUAUCAUCAAGACAUUGCGCGAAUUCCAAUACAUUGAUGAAGACGGUAGAGACGUCGGGCAGAACAUUCGCAUUGCGGCCAAGGAACUCACCGCUCUUGUCAUGGAUGAGGAGCGACUCCGCGCAGAACGCGCCGACCGUAAAUCGUGGAAAGCGCGCGUCACAGGCAUAGAAGAAUAUGGCGGUGGUCAACAUGGAGGUGGCGGAGGGGGUCCUUCGACAGACGGGCGUAGACGAGAGGGACGUCAGCGCAGAGACAAUGAUGAAGAUCUUGAAUUGAGACUGGCUCUGGAAGCAAGUAAAAACGAAGCCGAAGAGGAGCGAAAGCGCCGGGAACGCAACAACCCAAGCGAGGUCGAAGGCGAUGACGAUUUGGCCAAAGCUAUCAAACUCAGCAAGGAAGAAGAAGAGUUACGGCGGAGCCAGCUGGAGCAAAGUACCCCUGAUCUUCUGUUUGGUGACACUCCAUCACAGCCAACGGCCUAUCAACCCACAGGCAACAACCAGGGUUAUCAACAACAACAGCAAGUGGAUUGGUUCGGCAAUCUCGUUGAUCAGAACCAGCAGCAGCAGCCCCAGAACACUGGCUUCCUCAAUAAUGCCUAUUCUCAACCUACUGGUAUGCAGAACCAGCAACAAACAGGCUUCCAGCAGAACGGUUUCCCCAAUUACAAUGCAUUCCAGCAACAACAGCCACAACCCACUGGUUUCGAUGCUUUUGGUCAGCAGCAGCAACAACAGCAGAUGCUACAACCGCAGCAAACUUCAUUUAACAUGAACAACCCUUACGGCCAGUUCAGCAAUGGCUUUGGUGAUAUGGGUCAGCAGCAGCAGCAACAACCCCAGCAAGAGCAGAGCACCUUGAUGCCUGGCAGCCAUAACCCGUGGGCGACGGCAAACAGACCGCAAGAGUCACUCAUGCCGCAGCCUACGGGAUCAAACAACCCAUUUGCACAAUCUCUGAACAGACCACAGACUGCUACCACGACGUCACAACAGCGACAGCCAAAUCUCAACACUCUCUUUGAACAGAAAACCCAAUCGCAAUUCAACAACACCAAUUUCAAUCCUCCUGUAUCAAUGUCAACUCCCCCGCCGGCCCAGCCACAGAACCAGCAACUGGACCCCCACCAAGCACGGCUCAACAGUCUGUUAGCAACAGGGGAGGGCCAAGACACAUUCGGAAACGUCGGCAACCUUCGUAUUCCGUCUCAGCACACAGCCCCUGGAACUUUUGUCAACUCAGCAGGUGCUGGUCUGAACAAGAUCAACUCCAACGCGACAGGCAACAACCCGUUCCUCAACUCUCAAUUCACGGGAAUGCCGCAGCAAAACCGCAUGAUGCCCGCCCAGACUGGACCGGUGGGUGGCGGCGCUGCCUUCGGUGCCAACCCGUACGCAAGCGCCAACCCCUUUGGUGCUCCUCCCCAGCAAGGGAACCGCCAGCAAGGCAACAACAACUUGAUAGAUUUGUGA